CAUAUCCCUUCAUGCUCUCUCCACUCUAGCAGAUUCUGUCAAUGUCAUUUUGCUAUCUCAUAUGACUACCAUACUUUGAUUCCAUCUUGCAGGAGGAAAAAUUUGCCCAAAUGUCUUCUGAGCGUAGACCUACAUGGCGCAGCUACUCUAAUUUCUAGGUCAUACUCUCUUCUAAAGUGUCUUCUGAGCGCAGACCAGACCUACAUCAAACUUCGAAGAAGUCCUACACUUUAGGCAUCUAAGCAAACCAAAAACUAUUAGCUCCAGAGUGAAAGCAAAAGAGUUUCUGCUUCCAAACUGUCCAAAAAUAUUACAGUCGUUCUUCCAUUUUCGAGUGUCCAUAAAAUUACUAGGAGCUAGCUUCGAGAUCCAAGUAGUGUGCUUUAUCAUAAAAACAACUACUGCCAGAGAGACACAGAGAUGGCUAAAUUGAAUGGUGGUCCCCUGCAUCCUUCAAAGCAAGGUCCCUCUGUUUUUGAACAAAACAGCUCUUUCUUUUUCUAUGGAAGAAAACCCAUGACGAUCAAGAAGAAGAACCUAUUCACUGGUCCUGUGGCAAGGCUACUAGGUCCGGCGAUUUUUGAGGCUUCAAAGCCAAAGGUGUUGCUUCUAGAGGUUGAAAAUAAGCAGCCAGCUGCAGGGACUUGUACCCUAACGAACUGCAACCCCCUCCCCUCUAUAAUUUGCAAGACGAAAACAUUUCCUUCUACAAUUUUUUCUUGGGCUUGUCAGUAUGCUAUCAUAUUGCUAGCAUUUAUAUUACUUCUUUCAUUCAUUCCAUUUCGCUGAUUAAUAUCGUUAAUGUCUCUGGUUUAACCUGUGCGAUGAGUGGCGAGGAUUCUAGGAUAAAAUGCUUGGAAAAAUAAAUCUCAUGUCUUGACAACUUCGGAUUUCAGUGAUAUGUUUGUACGAUUUUUAUUUAUUUGUAAUUUUACUGAAUUAAUGUGGUAAAUGUAAUCAUAUAAAUCUCUUACCAUUAUUGGAACCUUAGACUA